UCAAAAUUUUCAAAACUAUUUUAUUUUUAUAUAUUAUUUAUUUAUGUAUUAUUGCCUAUUGGAUUGGAGUUGAUUCGGGAACCAAACUGACGUGUUUUUAACUGUCAAAGUAAAGCUUAGCUUGCAAGAUACACUAAAAAAUCUUUAAAAACAAAGGCAAGUCCACACUCAAUCUACAUAUAUAAUGUUCGGGAAAACACCAGUAACAGCUUUGGAAGAAUUUUGUGCAAAGUAAGUGAAUACGCAAAUUACUCCUAAUAAUAAAAUUAUUCAAUUGCACAUAUGUAUAAAAAACGUCGAGAGACCUAGAUAUGAAUUCAUAAAUUCAGAGAUGGAUAAAAGUUUUGUUUGCAGAGUAAUAGUUUUUGGUGAAGAGGCAGACGGAGUCGGACGAUCUAAAAAAGAAGCUAAACACGACGCCGCAGCUAAUAUGAACAAACGCUUAAAACUUACUUACCCUGAUAUUGAAGAAAUACCCCAAGCACCUCACGAAACUAUUUCGACCAGUGAUGCAAUAGCUGCUUUGAGAGAUCUUUGUAUACAGAAUGAUCAUCCUUUACCAUUUUUUGAUAUCGUACAACAAACUGGACCGCCUGAAGCUCCUGAAUUUACAGCCGAGUGUUCAAUUGCAUCAAUAAAACGUUAUGGAGUAGCUUCAACAAAAAAAGCAGCUAAGCAAAAAGCUGCUCAGCAAAUAAUUGAUAUCAUAAGAUCUUUCAAUAUAGACGAAGGGGAAAAACAAAUCGCUUUGCAAGAUGCUAUUUAUACUGAAGAAGAAAAAAACAAAAAUCGCAUUAAAACAUAUCGUGAGUUUGUUGAUUCAGAUAUUAAAAUACGGCCUGGAACAUUGCUAACGGACAGGCAUAAUUUUUUUAAAAACAAGGAUGACGAUAUAAAAUUAGAAGUAAAAAAAGUAUUUAACGAUCCUCAUAUAUAUUCUGAAAGUGAUAGAGUCCAUCUUUUGCUACAAAAACUUGACAUCAAAUACAAAAUUUCUGAAAUGCCAGCGGUAUCAUCAGAAAAUUUCGUUUUUGUUGAAUUGUUAUGUGAUUUUGAUUGCUGCUUCGCUGAUAAGAAAGAUAAAAUAUGGUCUCAUAUGUUGGACUAUUUUAAAGAUAUGAUACAGUAAAUUUUACCAACAUUUUUUUUUUAAUAGUAAAUAAUUUUUGCAUAGUAAUUAAAAUGUUGUUACUAAAAAUAAAAUAUACGUUUUAAAAUUA